AUGACAACGGAAAUCCCUCCGGUGCAUCCCGAUGUUCGCGGUGGGGCGUCCCAGCCUGACGAGGAGCGGGUCCGUAUCGACUGGGGGUGGAAGUUCGGGAAUUCCGAUGCUCUUGUCGCCGAAUUUGCACAGCUCGUCGUGUUCACCGUGCUCAACCUGCCUACCGACUACAACAACGACGCCGUCGGCCUGUUCCUUGAGCUGGACGGAUCGGCCAUCGCUAGCAAAGUAAGGAGCCAGCUGGGACCUUUGGUCCGCCAGGGGGUUGCAGAAAGUCUCCAUCGCCUUUCGCUUCUCCGCCCACUCGUCGCAGCAAUCCGAAUCCGAGGUCAACCUUUUCCUCGUCGACACCUUGCCGUAAAAGCCAGAAGAAAUUUCCAACCCGACGCGUUUGACCCGAACACCACGUCCUUGGACAAUCUUCGGUGGCUCGGCUCUCUCGUCGGCAUCGAGGGGUCCAACCAGUUUGGAAGCCUCACCAUGGACGCAAUGCGCACCGCCCUCUCGCGCUCCAAGGCGUUUGCUGGUCGGGAUGUCGAUCGGGGGGCCCUCCCUGCCGAGGUACUGGCCCGCUUGAGCGUGGCGCAGUUGGAAAGUUUCCAGGCCGAGAGCUACCGCCAAUCGGAUGCCCCCACCAAGCAUUCGGGCUCCUGCUGA